GUGCAGUGCGGGAGUACUCAUCUUUUCCCUUGUUUUAUCUCUCAAUAACUGGGCAGCAAACGCCGAAUCAAACCGUUGCACGCGCGGAUAGGAAAUAUAUAAACAAGACACUUGGCAAACUGCGCAGACGGCGAACCCAACUGAUUGUGAACGCGACGUAGUGUGUAACCCAACAAGAUUAUGGAAGCUGUAGAGGAUGAAGUCGAAAGUGGAAGUGAGGAAGAGGUCGAUAGUGGAAGUGCGGAAGAAGUCGAAAGUGGAAGUGCAGAAGAAGAAGAAGAAGAGGAGGAGGAUGAAGAAGAAGAAGCCGUAACAAAUCCGGCGGUGGAGCAGCUUCAAUCAGAAGUAAAAGAAUUGCGUAGGCAGCUGGACGAGAUCGAGCGCGAAAAGAAAACGGUAAUGAAAAGGACACACGACCUGGAAGACCGUCAAGUGAAGAACUGGAAAUUGAUUCAGGAGGCGACCAAAUUCUCCGGGGUGUCGGUGGAUAAAUUGAGCGAUAAUUCGUGCACGUUCUAUUUCCAUCCCAUGUACAAGUCCGCGUAUUAUGACGCGUACGCCAUGACGGUGAAAUUUACCAAGAAAGGUUAUGAAAUCGGCAAAUGUUAUCUACCGGAAUCGAUAGACGAGCUCGAUUUGGAUCACACGAAGCCUCUGGAGAAACUCGUUUGGGACAUAUCCAAGCUGGUCGAUUGUUUCACCAAUCGGCAGCAGCAAAUCGUUGAGCUCGAGGAAUUAUUUGGAAAGAAUUCCGAUCGAUCGGUCAAUGCUAGUUGCGAUACAUUGAAAGUGAUGGUUCAAGUCAAAGCCUCGGACGAGUCUGACAAAAAUUUCAACGUUAGUAUCUCGCUCAACUACAAGUCAGAUGAAAUCCUGCCGUACAAUGUCGAUUUGGAAUUCGAAAAAACACAAGAUUUUUCGGACGAGACCAUGGCCGAUUUCGAACUUCACUGCAAUCCGUUUUUCAAACUUCCGCUGCUCAAGGCCUUCCAAGCAGCUUUUUAAAUUCAAAAUUGUCGUGUUGUUUAAUAGAUGUCGCUGGAAGAGAGCGACGGAAUUUU